AUGCGUGCCACCGUCAUCAUUAUUGCUGCCGCUGUCUCCACGCCAGUCUUGGUCAACGCUGAUCACACGCCUUAUUAUAGCGGCCUUUCCUCUCAAGAAGUCAAAGCCAGUUUGGUCUUAUCCACCUGGACAUUUGCGUUAGAUAACUCUUGCGAAGAGCAGGACUUCUCUUCCGCUCCCUUGUUAGCAACGGUAUUGCAGCACGCUACUUUUCUCAGCUACCUAGACAUUGGCCCAAGCGAUGAACUCUUCCUCGCAGAGCCCGCUGUUGCAUCAGCCGUUGCUUCGCUGUCCCAUCUAAGCGACAUCUCGCUGGGCGAGGCCGGAAGCCACACGUUACAGUGUCUCUCGCAGUUAUGCAGCCAUCCUAGAUGCCUCUCCAUCAAUUUCAAAAGCGGAUAUGAACAGAUACCAGAUGAUGUGGAGCUGCUGGGUAAAAUUCCAACGUCGAUGGAAAAGUUCUCCCUACAAACAUGGUUUCAUCAGUCAAUACGGCUGUGCGAGACGUACGUGUGUCCAACGGUACACAGCCUGACGUUGGAAUCACCCAUUCCUCUUCCCGAUGCCUUUCACGCCUUUCCUAACGUGGAAACGUUACAUGUCGCUCUCAAAGAAAAGGGCGACGCAUUUCUCUGGGAAUCCGUGGACCACCUUGAAGUCCUCUUCAUAUAUGGUGCAUCGGUGGCACCCUCACUUUCCGUGCGGGUGCGUCGUGUUACCUGCCACCUUUUGUCGCUCAAACUACUUUCGUUUCUACAUUCAACCGCACCGGUCGUGUUGACGUGCGAUCUUCAAUACCUAGAGCUACGCACUGAUUGUCAUGUACAUUCAACUUUCAAUGAUUCUCAGUUGUGGCUGCUUGCCAGUGUUAUAAAUCUCCGCGCCGUACCACUCCUGGGGCUCGGACUGUUCCUCAAUGUUGCGUAUGGUCGUUCCCCUUCAAUUGCGUCUCAAAAAUCUAUGUUUGCUUCCACACUCGCUGCCCAGCUGCCGCACCUUGUCUAUGUGGGAAUAUCCACUACCAAAUGCAAGUAUCGUCGUCUAGUUCGAGGACGUCAGGAGGAAGAGGAGAUUCCGCUCACUUGGUUCUGUAUCACGCGGUCCGAUGGCGAUAUCCAGGCCCUGGAGCUAUCGCCGUACGAAGGUAACAAGGUUCAUCACGCGUUACAAAACACGCUUCGGCAGUAG